AUGGCUGAUUUCUCAAGAGGAUUUAGAGCAUGUUUUCUCUUGGGAUUGGCCUUGUUGAGUAUUGGGGCUGAGUUUGCUCUUCCUGCAGCAGCAGGUGGCCUUGUUCGCGAGACAAUUUUUGAUGUUACAAAAUACGGAGCCAGACCAAAUACCAGGAAAGAGAGUUCUAUGGCUUUCGUCAGGGCGUGGAAUGCAGCAUGCAAAUCAAAUGGACCAGCUCGUCUACUUGUUCCGCGUGGAGACUUUGUCACAGCAGAAGUGAUUCUCCAGGGGCCAUGCAAGGCGAAACCCCUAACCCUUGAAAUUCAGGGCAACAUCUUGGCAAGUACCGAUCUCAGUCUUUUCACUUCUGGAGCGUGGAUCACAAUCGAUGAUAUUGACGGCCUUGAAGUUCUCGGUGGAGGAACCAUCAAUGGCCGCGGAGAGGCUGUGUGGAAGUUCUCGGGCAAACAUAAUUCUGGCCCUCUUCUUCCCGCGUCUCUUUUAUAUAGCAAGGUAAAAAAUGUGGUCAUGCACCACAUCAACUUCGUGAAUAGCAAAGGUAUCCAUAGUAAGGUGACUGACAGCAGCAAUGUAGCAUUCUCAUUCAUCAAAAUUACUGCCCCUGGCAAGAGCCCAAAUACAGAUGGUUGCCACAUUAGUAAUUCAACUAAUGUCAAAUUUACUGAUUCAACCAUUGGCACUGGCGAUGACUGCAUUUCUAUUGGACAUGGCACCUCCAAAAUUCUCGUUGCUAGAAUCAACUGUGGCCCUGGACAUGGCAUCAGUGUUGGUAGUCUCGGAAAGAGAAUGAAUGAAGAAGAUGUGAAAGGAGUGACCGUGAUAAAUUGCACACUUACGAGGACAACAAAUGGCGCGAGAAUCAAAACCUACCACGCUUCACCCCAAAUCCAAGCUUCUUCCAUUUAUUUCCAAGAUUUAGUUCUCAAUGAUGUUAAAAACCCUGUCGUCAUAGAUCAGCAUUACAACUCCAAGAAAGGUGAGCCAUCGAAGGUGAAGAUCAGUGAUGUCCACUUCAGAAACAUAAGGGGUACCACAAUUUCGCAAGUUCCGAUUCUACUCAACUGCAGUCGAACAUUCCCCUGCGAAGGCAUUGAAUUGGCAAACAUUAAUUUAGCUGCUUCGGGUCCAAUUGGUCCACUUACAUCUGCAUGUUCCAACGCAAAAUUUAUAUUGAGAGGACAUCUAAAUCCUCCCGGCCCUACUGGUUGUGUAUAG